AUGGCUGGUGUUGCCCUUCUGGGCGGCCACGGUUACGGUGGUCUCGGUGGAUACGGAGGAUUUGGUGGUGGCUUCGGCGGAUACGGCGGUGCCAAGGUGGUAUCUGGUCCAUCUUACCUCGUCAACACCGUCCACAAUGUCCACAAGGUCAGCCACGGUGGACACUACCUCGGAAGCUACGGUGGUGGAUACGGUGGUGGAUACGGAGGCGGAUACGGAGGCGGAUACGGAGGCGGCCACGGCGGUGCUGCCAUUCUUCUCGUCGGCGGCGGUCACGGCGGAUACGGCGGUGGAUACGGCGGUGGAUACGGGUUCGGUGGUGGCUAUGGUAAAUCUCUACCACGUGGCUACACUGAAAAGCGCAAGGCCAAACUCACCGUGAUGUACAAAGCAACGCUCAGCAAACUCUAA